AUGAUAAAUUCUCAAAGACCAAUAUGUGGAAAAAGAAUGAAAGAUAAAAUAUUCAAUUAUUGUUCUACUUAUAUUUGUCCAGAAAUUAAUACAUCAGACUUUUAUGAAAAUAAAGAAUUUCAAUAUGUUUCUUAUGAAAUUCCGAAUCAUCAUAUUGGAAUAGCAUUAAAUUGUUGUACCAAAGGAUGUAAUGAAAAAGAAAUACAAGAUUUUUGUUGUGGUGUUUCUUCAACUAAUUAUGAUAUAAGGAAAAAUGAUGGUGAAUUAAUGGGUUACGAAGCAAUAGAAUCAAAUCUCAAACAGUUUAAAAAUAAUGAUAAACAACAAUAG